UAUAUGCAGUCCAUAAGGUUCGAUUGAAUCGCGUGUGAAUAACGCAGAAUUUAUUGUACGUGUAUACGCUUAUUUCCGGUUAUAUUUUAUCCUUCUUUCUUUUUUUAUUUUUAUAUCAAUUAUUGGUUAAAUUCAAUGUUAUUAGAUUGUGAGAGGAAACGGGAAAAAUCGGACGAUAAUAUGAGUGAAAAGUAAUGUAGUUGUGAGGUUAAGUUAGAUUAGAAAUGCAUUGACGUAUUAUGAGACAUAACUUGUGUCACGUGACACGAGAAGCGAAGUGCAUGUGCAAAGUCGUAUUGGAAUAUAAAGUCGAAUAUAGUUAUCCGAAUUUAAUAACGUGAUAUAUAUUGUUGUUUUUUUUUUUUUUUAAUAAUUUUUACAAGUGAACGAAAACUUAAUCAUUACAACGAUGGAUUUAUCAACAAUACCAUUAACGGCUCUAUCGAUAAGAACUAGGAAUACUAUUUCUAACCUAUUGAAUCCUACAAAAUUUCUUCCAUGCGAUAAUGGUUUACCUAGAGAUUGGAGAGGUCUAGCACAUUUAGCAAAUAUAGAAGGCGAGCUUCUACCUUUGGUAUCGUCCCAUUCUGAUCCAACUAUGUUUAUUCUAAACACUGUUAUACAGAAAAAAAGUAAAGAUGAUAUUGCAAACUUGUUAAAUAUGCUAUCUAUAUUGGAAAGGUGGGAUAUUAUCGAUGAUACUCAGCAAUUUAUCGAAGAGGAUACUGAAAAAUAUUUAAAAUGUCUGGAAAAUUCUCAAACGACAGUUGAAACGAUCGAGGAAAGUGUUGAUGCUAAAGUAUUAACUGUAGAUGAUCUUUAUAGAAUUAGACAAGGUUUAGAAAAUCAAAGAUAUGAUGCUUUUGUUUUGUAUGCAAAUGAAGAUGUUGAUUUUGCAAAUGAAAUGAUAGAUAAGCUUGAAAAAUUUAAUAUAAAACUUUGUAUAAAGGAUCGAGAUCUAAUAGGAGGUAUUAAUUUCGAACACGAGGCUGUGAUGACUCUAAUAUCGGAGCGCUGUAAUAGAAUGAUCAUAAUAGUAUCUCCUAAUUUUCUCAAGAGUUCUGCAAACGAAUUUUUUUUGAAUUAUGCUCAAGCCGUAAGCAUUGAUAAGCGUCAGAGGAAAAUCAUACCAUGUUUAUACAAAAAGUGUGCAUUACCGCUUCAACUUAGUUAUAUGUUUAUUCUUGAUUAUACUCGAGUCGGUUUAUAUGAUUUUUGGGGACGAUUAAGAGAUUCCAUCCAGGUUUCAAAUACAUUACAAAAUGGAAAUAUAAAGGAGCAACAUCUAAAAGAUAUUCAGAAUAAUACGUUAGCAGAAAAUAAGAUUCAGUAUUCUACAAAUCUAGAUAGAUACAAAUCAGAUAUUGAAACUGUCCCAUCUGAAAAAUUGCAAGGGAGUGUACAAAAUAUACCAAAUUUAACCUCUGUUACGCAAAUAAAAUUAUCAAAGAGUAUAGAAAAUUUUAAUGUUUCCAAUCUGGAAAAGGAAAGACAUAUUGGUUUAUUACAAUGGACAAGGAAAAAAUUAAAAUUAAAACAAGAAACUAAAGAACAAAGCCAUGAAACUAUUCCUUAUUUGCCAUCUCUCGAUAAUUUAAGUACAUUAGGUAUUACAAUAGAUUCAACAGAUAUAAGCCAAAAUAAAUCUAAAGAAGAUAAGUCCAAGGAGAAGAAAUUUAAAAAAAUCAAGACGUUCAGGAAGAUGCUGCUAAAGUCAUGAGAGAUAAAAUAUCUUUCAAUAAUUAUGUAAAAAUUCGUUUAUAUAAUGUACAUAUGUAAAUAUGCAAAUUUGUAACUAUAUGUAUAUACAUAUAUAUAUAUAUAUACAUUUAUACAUAUAUGUGUUGUGUGUGUGUAUGUGUAUACAGAAUGUUUCACUUAACUUUGAUACUUCGAGUAUCUACGCUGCUUUUGACGAUAGAAUACAAUGUAAAUAGAAGUAUUUUUCUAUGAUAUUUAUAUUUCAAUUUGAUACCUCAUAUCAGAAAAUUCAUAACUUUAUAUUCAUAGUAAAUUAAUAUUUAUUAUUUAUAACUCUACUCUUAAUAAUCUAAAAAUUACAAACUACAAAAUAUAUAUUUUUGAUAUAAUUAAUAUCAUACAGUAUAAAUGGGACUAUGAAGUGAAUGAAAAAAAUAUAUGUGAAAGAUUAUAUGUCUCUCUUUCUUUUUCUCUUGUAAGAGAAGACAUGUAGUAGGAUAGUAUUCGUUUGUAAGAUAGAUCUAAGAAUAGGAAAUGUAGAUAAGUUAAAAUUAAAGGUAAAAAAAAAUAUAUAGAUGGAAGUCUUGCAAACUCUAAGGGAAGGAAUAAAAAAUUCGUUUAUCUGUAUAUCUAUCUAUCUAUCUAUUUAUAAUCAAUAUUAGAUUAUAAUUAAACAAAACAUUUCGAUCAAAUUUAUUGGAGAAACCAUUGAGAGAGAUGUAUAUUAAGAUAAAAGUCAUUUAACUUGACAAAACUUUGGUAAAUGUAUACCAAAACUUAAUGAAUAAUAUAUAUUUUUUAAUUACAUUGCCUGUAAAGUAUAAAACAUAUAUAUAUAUAUAUAUAUAUAUAUAUAUAUAUAUAUAUAUAUAUAUAAAGAAAGAAUAGAAAGAAAAAGAAAAAAAAUACAUGUCAAAUAAUAAUAAAAAUCUCAUAACUACCGUUAAAUUUGUCACCUUUAUUUUCAGAGUUAGCUGCAUUUAAAACAACCUUUAUAUUUAUAAUAUUGCUCUCGUUAUAGGAGUACGGUUGAUAAUCAAAAAAGAUAUAACUGUCUAUAGAAAAUAGUAUUACAAAUUAAAAUAUUAUCUAAUUACAUUUUUAAGUGUUUUAUAAUACAAUUCAUUAAUGAAAUAUAAAAGGCACCUGAAUUAAGCAGACCAACAUUUUUGUUUCUUCAAAAUAAGAAAGAUAAAAAUCGUUUAUGUGGUCGCUCUGAUUUCUACGAAGACACAUUAAUCUUAGGCACAACAUUAUACUUUCAUGCUGUCUGUCAUUAUACACAAAGUUUUAUUAUCUCUUCAA